AUGGCGAGCUCGUCGCUCGGUGAGAUCGAGGAGCUGACGCUGUGCUCGUGCUGCAAGCGCGUCUUCGACGAGCUCGAGCGUCCGCCCAAGUUGUUGACGUGCAAGCAUCACUUCUGCCUGGCGUGCGCUCGCACCGUGCUGGGUGCCGGGCGAGAGGUGUACUGCAUGCACUGCUGGAAGCGGACCGAACUGCCCGACGGCCGCGCCGACAACCUACCCAACCACGGCGCCGUGCUGGCUUUAGCCCGUCGCCUGGCGUCUCCCGGCACCCUCGCUCCCGACGAUCCUCCCGCGUGCGUCGCGCACGCUCUGCCAGCGCUCUGGUGCGUAGCGUGCGCGGCGCGCGCCUGUCGCGCCUGUGCGGAGCACGCUGCGCACGCGAACGCCCUGCGCUCCCCCACCGAGGCUCGCGCGCUGCUGGCGCGCGACUCCCGCGAUCUACAGGCUGACCUAGCGCGACUGGCCGUGCGCCAGCGCGACCUGAUGCUGCGGGCACUCGACGCUGCCACCGCACUUAAACUACGCCUCGAGUCGGAGUUGGCUGCGCCCGCCCUCGUACCUUCCGCACCGUGCCCGCGGUCGUUGCCGGCCGCCUCCGCCGAGCGUGACCGUCUGCGGGCACGCCACGCAGAGGCGCUUCUACAGUGCCGCCUCGACGAUCUGACCCGAACGGCGAACGUGCCGCUAGACUUCGAACUGCUUAGGCGAGCGAUGAACGGGCUGCCGCUGCCCGAAGCACCGACGGCUGGUGAGCGGCGUGAGCCCCUGCUGCUGCUAGCCAACUAUUGUACGACGCAGCUGUUCGCGCGCCAGCUGGUGAGCAGGCGCGCGUCCCCGGCGGGCGGCGAGGCGGACGCGGCGUGCGGUGCUGGAGCGGCAGAGGCAGACGCGGCCCCGGGCUCCGAGGGCGGCGCCGAACCCACUGCAGGCGCUUGUUCGAGUGAGGCGAUACCGUCACCCCUUCUGCGCGUCCCGGCCUCCUACCCGCUCUUCUACUUCGAGCUGGAGGUGAACGGCGCACCUUUCGGUCGCAUCGUGGUGGAGGUACGCGACGAUGUGGCGCCGCGCAUGGCGCGCAACUUCUCGGUGCUGGCGACGGGCGAGCUAGGAGUGGGCUACCGCGGCUGCGCCGUAUUUCAGUGCUGGGAGAACGAAAGCGUCAUCACCGGUGACUUUGAGCUGAACAACGGGCGCGGCGGACGCUCCGUUUUCGAGGAGAGCUACUUCAUGCCGGACGACACUCGAAUGGUGGCGGUGCGCGGCACGGUCGGCAUGCGGAGGUCACAGAAGCGUCACGACAACCUAGGUUUGGUAGGCUCGCAGUUCCGCAUCGUCCUGCGCGAAAUGCGCGGUUUUACGGCGAUAUUCGCGUUCGUGGUGGAGGGGUUGGAGCUGGUGGAUAGGCUGAGCCGUACGGGCGACAGUGCCGGCAAGCCGCACAGCACCAUACUUAUUUCGAACUGUGGCAAGCUCAACUAG